AUGAAUGAUGCACGAUAUCAACACACAGCAUUCGUAUUAACAAAUGAAAAAAUACUAGUUAGUGACGGAUUUGCUGAUAAAGAUCUCAAUAAUAGUGAGUUAUAUGCACCAUCAGCAGGAAUUUGGACAAUGGCUGGUAACAUGAAUAUUGCUCGAAAGUAUACUAAAACUCAGAUAUACUCAUUUGAUAAUCAUACAGCUACAUUACUUGUACGAACAAAUUCAAUUGGUGCACUUGCUGUUCGUCUUGUUUAA